AUGUCCUCGAUAGUAUUAACAGUGUUCAGACCCACCAUCGGUUUGCUAGUCAGCAAAUGUAGAGAUAAGGUCGCUGAGAUUCUGAAAGAUGGCGAUGUAACAGAUCAAAAAUUCCACUCCCUGAUCGUCAAGGAAAUCGAGGAAGUUAGGUUAAAGUUGGACGCGUUAUCGAGGAAAGAUUUAGAAGCGAGCAUCAGUUUCUUUGAGGAAGGAAUUGUGUUGUUGUAUGAAGUGUUUAAGAUAGCAAAUGCUAGAGGCGAGUGUGGCGCGGAAACAGCACUAGCGGCUUGCAAUGAAGCAAUUCCUAUUAUUGAAGGAAUCAGCAGGUUAGAGCUUACUGGCCUGGAUGAAUCUGCUACGAGAAAGCUUUCCGCUGCAAAGGAAAGAUUCAAAGAUGCUCGAAGAGAAGCAACGAGGGCCUUUAAAAAUGAAGGCCUUAAAACAUCUGACCGCAUUCUGGCCAUGAAGUAUCGAGUCAUGGCGACCAUAUUAGAGACAGUAGACCAUCCCGCUGAUGCAGUGGGACCAUGUGGAGUGUGUGUAAAGGAACUAAACUCUCUGCCAGCAGUACAGAAUAACUUUGAUGUUCAGCUCAAGACAGGCAUUCAAGCAGUAAGAGGUUGGUUCAGUCAAGAGGAAAGAAGGGAAAUCAUCACCAGUGUCUGUCACGUGAAUCGUGUUAUCUACGAUGUCACGCGAACAUUCGGUGGAGACACACACUUUUGGAUCUGGCCUACAGUUGAUAUUGGAGACAACAGAAUCAAUCCAUUGUAUGACGCAAGAGUAACCAAAGUACUUCUUAAUCAAGGCAUGGAGCACUGUUGUGUAACACCAUGGUCAUUUGGUCAGGAGCUGGAGGCCCCGAUGGGUAUCGCUACUAACUCCAGCGGAGAAUUUAAUGUCGGGGAACGGAGAGGUCGUUGCGUGAAGGUGUUUGACAGAAACGGUACGUUUGUGAAACAUUUCACGCUCCGUGCCGAUGACGUAUAUACAGAAUUAAAAAUUAAAGAUGUAGUCACAGCCGUAAACGACAAUAUCUUUGUGCUGACCAAACUGAUGAAGCCUACUCCUAGGUAUAACUCAUCUUGGUGGAUUUAUAAACUUACUAAAACCGCUGACCUGCAUCACAUGUUUCGUCUGAGGGUAGGGGGUUUUCUGGGUAAGUACAAAGGACUGUCAGUUAGGGAUACAGGGAAAGUAGUGGCACUGAGGUCCCGGAGGGAAGGAGUGGAGGAAUAUGACAGUAAUGGAGAGUUUGUUCGCAGUUUUGGAGGAGAAAUAUUGAAGUAUCCGAAAGAUAUCACUGUUGCUAAUGAUGGCCGUGUUUUAGUAUUGGACGUUGAAUAUGAUUCCUUCCUUAGUGUUUUUGACAAAGAAAAUUACUUUGUUCGCAUAUUCAGUGAACACGGCGACUAUCUGAACAAGUUUAAGCUGCAUACAAAUAACUUUUCUGUCCCGAAAAUUAUGUUUCACCCAGCAGCAGGUGGACAUGUUGUCGUCGCUUGUAUGGAACGAGAGAUAAACUUCGUGCAGGUUACAAUAUACAGCAAAGAUGGUGAGUUUGUUCAUAGUGUAAAAGUCCAAAAUUCUCAUAGUUUCUUAAAAAUAGGAGGGAUUACACUCAAUAAUGACGGAAGCAUUGCUGUUGUCGGAAGCAGUUUGUCAGGUGGUAGGGUAGUUGUGUUAUAA